AUGAUAAUUACUUUCAGUACAUUAUGUGGCUCCACUUUGAGACAGCUCCACCUGGGAACCAAAAAUUUCUCGUCUUCCAAAUUAUUGGAUGUAUUUUUUGAUAAUAAAGAAAAUUGGGGUAAGAGAGAACUGAGGCCAAUAAAUCGACCUGGACGAGCUUGGAGUAAGGAAGAAUUGAGGUUAAAAUCAAGCUCUGAUCUUCAUAAACUAUGGUAUGUUUUGCUCAAGGAGCGGAAUAUGUUGCUAACCAUGGAAGCUGCUUAUACAAAAAGGCUUUUGUCACUUCCGAAUCCUGAGCGUGUUUUUCGUGUAAAUGAGAGUAUGAAGAAUCUUGAAGCAGUUGUUCAUGAACGGAAUGACGCCUAUUUUCGGCUAGAGACUGGUGUUGGUGCAGAUCCUCCACAAAGAACCGUUACUUCUUUUGCGGGAUUUAAUUACAAGUUCAGAUUGUUUCUUAGGGAGAAAGAAUACGAAAUUCCAGUGCUUGAUGAGGAUGCUUACGUGAUGCAGAAGCUGUGGGACGAGAAGGAGCACUGGAAGAAAAUAGAAGAAGAGCACGAUAAGUGGCGAGAGAAGAUGCUAACAGAAGAUAUGAAGAGGUUCAAACGAGGCGGACGCCGAUACAUUAAUAAAAUGGAGCAACAUGGUAGUCAUACCGGCUUUUGA